GGUCUCUGUGUGAAGGAGCUACGCAAAGGGGACCCGAUUCCAUGCCAACAACAACAACAGCAGCAGCAGCAAUGGCAGAAGCAGAGAUGCGUCAGAGGCUACUGUGCACCGUCAAGAAGGAGGUGAAGCAGAUCAUGGAGGAGGCUGUCACCAGGAAGUUUGUGCAUGAAGACAGCAGCCACAUUGUCUCGUUUUGUGCUGCGGUGGAGGCUUGCGUUCUACAUGGGCUUAAGCGGCGAGCGGCGGGAUUCCUGCGUAGCAAUAAAAUAGCAGCGCUCUUCAUGAAGGUGGGGAAGAGCUUCACCCCGGCAGAGGAGCUGUGCAGGAAGGCUCAGGAGCUGGAACAGAUCAUAGAGAGCAAGCGGAACCAAAGCAUGCCCAACCAGGACAGCGUACGGAGACUGCCCAGGCUGUCGAGCCUCAGCCCGCAGGUGGUCAGAAACCUGUGGAUCCGCACGGCCCUCUUCGAGAAGGUGCUGGACAAGAUCGUGCUCUACCUCGUGGAGAACAGCAGUAAAUUCUACGAAAAAGAGGCCAUUCUGAUGGAUCCGGUGGACGGACCCAUUCUGGCCUCUUUGUUAGUGGGGCCCUGUGCCUUGGAGUACACGAAGAUGAAAACGGCGGACCACUUCUGGACAGACCCCUCAGCAGACGAGCUGGUCCAGAGACACCGCAUCCACAGUGGUCACUGCAGACAGGACUCCCCCACCAAGAGGCCUGCCCUUUGUAUCCAGAAGAGACAUUCAAGUAGCAGCAUUGAUGAGCGACCUUCCCCCUCGCCCUCAGCCCGGGACUAUGUGGAGUCACUGCACCAAAACAACAGAGCCACCCUUCUGUUUGGAAAGAACAACGUGCUGGUGCAGCCGAGGGAUGACAUGGAGGCUAUCCCAGGAUACCUUUCUCUCCACCAGACCGCCGACAUCAUGACGCUGAAGUGGACGCCCAAUCAGCUGAUGAACGGCUCUGUGGGAGACCUGGACUAUGAGCACAGUGUGUACUGGGAUUACGCUAUGACCAUCCGUCUGGAGGAAAUUGUUUAUUUGCACUGUCAUCAGCAGGUGGACAGCGGGGGCACGGUUGUGCUGGUGAGCCAGGACGGCAUCCAGAGACCCCCGCUGCGCUUCCCUAGAGGGGGGCAUCUGCUCCAGUUCCUCUCCUGCCUGGAGAAUGGCCUCUUGCCCCAUGGCCAGCUGGAUCCUCCGCUCUGGUCCCAGAGAGGAAAGGGGAAGGUGUUCCCUAAACUGAGAAACAAGUGUUCACAGGGCUCCUCGGACUUAGUGUCCGAUAAGGAGGAGGAUGAGGCCACAGACUAUGUCUUCCGCAUCCUGUUCCCCAACAGCCAAUCAGAGUUUGUGGCUCCAGAGCUAAUGGACCAGGGGGCCAACAUCUGGCAGCCCAUCCCCAGGAAGUCCUCCUACUCAUCCUGUACCCAGGGCAGCUUCUCAGAUGGAGGACCCGCCAACGGUUGCAACCAUGAAAGAGCCCCUUUGAAGCUGCUGUGUGACCAAAUGAAGUAUCAGAUCAUCUCCCGGGCGUUCUACGGCUGGCUAGCUUAUUGUCGUCAACUGUCCACUGUACGUACACACCUCUCGGCCCUGGUCAACCACACUAUCGUGGCACCUGAUGUGCCCUGCGAUGCCUUCACGGGCCUCACCGCUGAGGUGUGGCAGAGGUUCCUUCAGGACUGCACUGCCUAUAACGAGCAGGAGCUGCUGCGCCUGGUGUACUUCGGCGGUGUUGAUCCUUCGCUGCGUAAGGAGGUGUGGCCCUUCCUCCUGGGCCACUACCAGUUUGGCAUGUCUGAGUCUGACAGGAAAGAGGUGGAUGAGCAGGUGCGGGCGUGCUACGAGCAGACCAUGAGCGAGUGGCUGGGCUGCGAGGCCAUCGUGCGGCAGCGGGAGAAGGAGCAGCAUGCAGCGGCGCUGGCUAAGUGCUUGUCUGUCUCGGCCAGCGUGGAUAAUCCCAACCCUGUCCAGAGGAUGCUGCACCAUGACUCCAGCAUCAGCAAUGAGUCCUCCCGGAGCUGCAGCUCAGACAGACAGAGCCUGGCUCGCCUGCAGAGUGACUCCAGCAGCAGCACCCAGGUGUUUGAGUCUGUGGAGGAGGUGGAUCAGAUCGAGACCGAGCCCAAGAGCAAAGAGGCCAAGCAGGUGCCCAAGAUCCCCAAUGGAGGAGCCCUGCCCAAUGGGACCAGCUCCCCAGACUCGGGGCACCCCUCCUCUCGCAACUUCUCAGUCACCUCGGGCCUGUCAGACCGCUCUCUGAGCACAGAGGACAGCACUGCGCCUGACACCACCCCUAAAAACAUCACCAGCACUCCUCCACAGUUGGCCCCAGCCCCACAGAGCCCAGUCAAAGCCCAUGAGGAAGAGUUGGAGGCACAUAGCCCAAAAGCCCAACCCCCGGCCCUGCAGGAGGAGAAGGACCUCCAGGCCAAGGACCCACCAGAGAAGGAGGAAACAGAGAGUGCGACCGAAGUGACCCAGGAGAUUGAGGGCAACGAGACAGAAGUGCCAGAUAUAGAAAUAGACAAAAAUACAGUGACAGUAGAGCCAGUAGAAACAGAAAUGCGAGAAGUAGAACUUGACAAGAAGACAGAGGUGCUAGAGAUUGAAAUGGACAAAAAAACAGAGACAAGGGAGGACAAGGCAGCAGACUUAGGUGCGUUAGAGAGCCAGAAAAUAGAGGAAGAAAAUACUUCUGUGACUGGACCUGCCGAGACAGAAGAGGUAAGGAUCAAUGAAAAGGGGGACAUUGAGUUACCGAAAGCAGAAGUGGAUGCUGUAGAAGAAACGGUGAAGUCCAAAACAGAUGAGUUCAAAACAACGGAGGCUAAAGAGCCUGAGACAGAAGUGGUGAAAAUGUUGGAUGGAGAGCCAACCAUGCGAGCAGACACAGAGGAGUUGCAGUCACUGGAAGCAGAGACAUUGAAAACUCAAGAGUCAAGAGAAACAGAGGACGAAGGAUCAGAACCAGAGUAUGUAGCUCCAGAAGAGAAUGAAACAUCCCAAACAAACCAUAGAGAGCCAAAAGAGGAGAAGGCAUUGACAUCAACUAUGACUGCAGAAGCAAUGGAGGACAAGACAUCAGAAUUCGAGGUUAAGCGAACUUCAGAGGCUGGAGAAACAAAGAGUGCUGAAACAUCGGAAGUAAAGGAAGCUGAAGGAAAGAUAAUGGAAAAGACAGAAACUGAGAAAGAAGUAGAAGCCAAUGAGACUUUAAAAUUUGAAGAGGUAACCGAAACAAAGGGGGUUAAGACGAUGUCACACGAAGAAGUUGCAGAGGAAAAUGUGGCGGACAUUACAAAAUCUAAGGAAGUGGGAAAAAGAGAGGAGGAGACCAAGCGGUCAGCGAUGGAGAAGAAUACAAGCUCCGUAGCAGACACCAGGGUGGCAAGGGCAAUGGAAGCAUUUGGUAGCACCACCCAGAGUGAGGAGGCUCUGGCCACCACGGAAUCUGAGGAGUCUCCUUCAGCCAUUGAGAUGGCAAACGUCUCCAUUGCCCCACUGUGGGACCGGAUUGGUCCGUGCGACAGUUCUGGGGGCGGGGCUGCUCUCUCUGAGGGCUCAGUCCCCCAUCUGGAGCUCCAACUGGAGGAGGAGGAGCAGAGCAAAACCAGCCCAGAGGGCACAGAGUCCAACUUGUCAGAGGAGCCUGAGAUGGAGAGCAUCUUCCCACAAUUUGACUCCCUGACCGUGGGCAGAGAGCUGACAAACGAGGACAUCUCUCCAGUGUCAUCCAUCAGAACCACCUAUUCUCAAGAGCUUUUGGACAUGUACACGAUGAACCUGCACCGCAUUGAGAAGGAUGUCCAGAGGUGUGACAGAAACUACUGGUACUUUACCCCGGCCAACCUGGAGAAACUGCGCAACAUCAUGUGCAGCUAUAUCUGGCAGCACCUGGAGAUUGGCUAUGUGCAGGGCAUGUGUGACCUGCUGGCUCCCCUCCUUGUCAUUCUGGAUGAUGAGGCCAUGGCCUUCAGCUGUUUCACUGAGCUCAUGAAGCGGAUGAAUCAGAACUUCCCCCAUGGCGGUGGCAUGGACACUCAAUUUGCCAACAUGCGCUCUCUCAUCCAGAUCCUGGAUUCUGAGCUAUUUGAGCUCAUGCACCAAAAUGGCGACUACACCCACUUCUACUUCUGCUACCGAUGGUUCCUUCUAGACUUAAAGCGUGAGCUGGUGUAUGACGAUGUGUUUGCGGUGUGGGAAACCAUCUGGGCAGCAAAGUACGCCUCCUCUGGCCACUUUGUCCUCUUCAUCGCUCUGGCACUGGUGGAGGUCUACCGGGACAUCAUUCUGGAGAACAACAUGGACUUCACCGACAUCAUUAAGUUUUUCAACGAAAUGGCUGAGCAUCACAACAGCAAGCAGAUCCUGACACUGGCCCGGGAACUGGUGUGCAAGGUGCAGACUCUCAUUGAGAACAAGUGAUCUCCAGGAGUCCACUUCCACUUCUCUUCCUCUUCCCCAACAGUCUUUCUCAAACAUAGAGAUAGAUAGAGGACUCAUAUUUGUAUCUGUUCUAUUAUAGCGUCUGUGACAGCAUGGGCAGUGCCGUUGAGGCUAUCUCCAUUUCAAAGUAGUCCAUUUUCUUCUUUACGAUUGGCUGAUCCCUCCUGAUUACACGGUGCUGCCCAUGCUAAAACAGCGUUUUGGCUAAUAGAGACCUCUAUCGUUCUCUAUGGUCAGUUUGAACAGCUGCAACCGAACAGAGAGAUCAGGGUCCAGUUCAUUAGGCACCAAAUGGAAUAAAACAGACGUAGGGAGGCACUACUUAGACUAGUCCUAUAAGAAACUGUCAAUUUCAUUUUCAGUCACAAAAUGUUUUCAAUUGCGUGCCUUGAUGAACAUGACUGAGAUGUGCUCCACUGUUCACUGCCUUCUCCUUAUCUAUGUAAUACCAGCCGGUACUCUGUCAUUUCAGGUCAUGUCAUGGAACAUCAAGGGAAGGGUCACUUUUACCUCCAGUUAUUCUGUCAGGGAAACAGUUUGAUUUAUUUUUAAUUGUUAACUGUGACAUAUACUUAGUCAUCAUAGGAUGUAUGUGGUAUGCCUUGUAGACACUGGCCUGUCUUGAUUGAAGUGGGGUUAGAAUUAGAGGUCGACCGAUUAAUCGGAAUGGCCGAUUUCAAGUUUUCAUAACAAUCGGAAAUCUAUUUUUGGGCC